AUGGCUCCAACCCCAGGACUGACCGGUUCACAGAGACCUGUUUUAUCUCGUGCAAGUAGUCACCUUUCUUCAGCAUCUGAAACCGAAUUAGACGAUCGGUACGCGGCAAUAAUCAACCGUGCUAGCCCAGACAAUACCGGCGGAGUAUAUCGAGGCGUUCAGCAAAAUCCGCCGACGAGAAAGCUCACCCGAAAACGCUCGCUUCUUAGCUUGACGAAUCGAAUCACCUCCAACGUGUCUUCAAAUAAUCAACAGCCGUUGCCGGAUGGCCCGAGGUCAUCGUCGCCUACAUCCAGGCCGCAGCCUGCGAGGAAGCUGAGCCUUAAGCACAGCCUUGAAAAGCCGCUGCCGCAGACACCACCCGAAUCGAGCUCUGCCACGCCGUCUCCAGCUGGCAGAGACGAUUUCGGAGAGAGCUCCCAGCCGCGAAGGACUGAGUCCCGUAUGGACGGCCGUGCAAGCACGAUGGACUCGGUUGGCUCCUCGGCCGCUGGCCAAAUAUAUUCUGCACAGGAUCAAUAUGGCCAGGACAUUAACAGCAGCAUGAGCAGUUUAGCGAGCUCCUCAAAACAAGACAUAAACGAGGACAAUAGAGACGGGUUAACCCCAAGAAGUAAUGGUCCGACCCCAACAACUCCAUCGCCAGGUAUGGGUCAAGGUGGAAGGUCAACAGCAACACCGGCGGCCACGGCGGCUGCUGGAACUGCUGCACCAGGAUCUUCGACACAUUUAUCGGGGUUAAUGUGUAAUGUGCAUCGCACCACCGGCCGAGAACCUCCUCCUCUUGUAGGAGCGACCACUACCAUCCUCGGAGACAAACUGUACGUCUUUGGAGGACGAAUCCUGUCCCGAAGUCGACCUGCACCUUUGACGGCCGAUCUCUAUGAGUUGGAUCUGAUCUCCCGCCACUGGACGAGGCUGGAAACUGGAGGAGAUGUACCGCCGCCUCGAUACUUCCAUUCCAUGUGUGGCCUUGGCGACACCAAGAUGGUCUGUUAUGGUGGCAUGUCUCCGGCUUCAAGUCCGGCUCAAACAGCUUCAACAGCAGAUCAGCAACAGCAACCUGAGGUUUCUGUAAUGUCUGACAUAUAUAUUUAUGACGUCGAGACCAGAAUAUGGACGUACUUGCCAGCUCAGGACGCACCACAAGGCCGAUAUGCUCAUUGUGCCUGCAUCUUGCCCUCAGCAGCCUCCUUUUCCUCGAGUCGGGCUCCGCUGGCCGCCUUGCAGCACAACCCAUCUUCUUCAAAUCCCAACGAAGGCAGAAUCGGCAUUAACAUUGACGGAUCUGGAGGUGCCGAAAUGGUGAUUGUGGGCGGCCAGGAUGGAGCCAACCAUUACAUCGAGCAGAUCAGUGUUUUCAACCUACGCAGCCUCAAAUGGACGUCGACGCAACCCUUAGGGAAAAGCUGCGGUGCAUAUCGCAGCGUGGCUGCCCCUCUGCCUCCUUCUGUAACCGCCAAAGUCGGUAAAGCGUAUCCGAACGGCUCGCAACGAGUUGACGGCACGGGCAUCGGCCCAGAGUCUCGCGAAACUGGUUCAUCCAUGCUUAUCUAUUCAAACUAUAACUUUCUUGACGUGAAACUUGAGUUGCAGAUUCGAUCCUCAGAUGGAACCUUGGUGGAAAAGCCCAUGUCGGGGACCUACUCUCCGCCAGGCUUGCGAUUCCCCAAUGGUGGUGUGAUUGACACGCAUUUCGUCGUGAGCGGAACGUACCUGACUUCAUCGAAGCAAGAAUAUGCGCUCUGGGCGCUGGACCUACGGACGCUAACAUGGAGCCGCAUCGACGCUGGCGGUAGCGUAUUUAGUCAGGGAAGUUGGAAUCGAGGAGUUUUGUGGAACCGACGAAAUACGUUUGUAAUUCUGGGCAAUCGAAAGCGAAGUCUUGUCGACGACUAUAACCACCGCCGAAUCAACUUUUCGAACGUCUGCAUGGUAGAGUUGGAGGCAUUUGGAUUUUACGAUAACCCUCGGAAGACUAGUCCCAUGUCUGGAUUCAUAUCGGCAAGCAGUCCGUAUUCUGGACCAAACCUCAGCCUCACACGAAAAGCAGGAUAUACCGCUGGUGGUCGUUUUCAUUCGAGAGCCAGCGAGGAGUUGGGAGAGAAGGCGCUGGCUAUGCGCGAGCUGGCUGACAUGGAUAUUCUAUGCAUCGGUGGGGAAAGGAUACCAGUCAAUUCUCGCAUAGUUUCUCGCAGAUGGGGACCUUAUUUUGUUCAGCUUUUACGGGAAGGUACAGCCACUCAGGACGGAAGUGAUUCGGUCACACUUCGAUCAGGAUUAUCGAGCAAUCCUCUUCGUGCUUCAGCAUUGACCAUAACGCCAAAUUCUCAGGAUCUAACACAGGCCCCCGGCUCAUCCAGCGGCACCAGCAUGCUUUCGUCAUCGACUGCCGGACUAAGCUCGGCCACAACAGCUGGAGCAAUGGGCUCUUCUGCGGCUAUGGCGGGCGUAACUGGACACGGUGAUGAUAUCAGCCCUCCGGCCGUAAAUGCAGCUCCAACUCCUAGGUCUCUGCCGCCAAAUGCAAGGCCACGAUGCCUGUACCUCCCUCAUACCUAUCUGACGGUACAGGCACUGUUACACUUCCUCUACACGAGCUCCCUACCGCCUCCAUCAUCGCCGCUUUGCACCCCACAGAUUUUGUGCUCUCUCCUUCAAAUUGCUCGACCUUAUCGCGUUGAUGGAUUACUGGAAGCCGUGGUUGAGCGUCUGCAUGGAUUGUUGGACAGUCGAAAUGCCGCCGCCGUGUUCAAUGCCACAGCUAUGGCUGCUGGUGGUGGGCGCGGUAUCGACGGGUCCCUGAAUCCCAACUUUUUCGUGGGCAGCUCUGAUCCCGUUGGAUCCCCGACUUCGGUCUCGGACUUUUCGCUGGGCGGCACGACUGCCAACAAUUCUUCUGCCACCGACUUGGCUACAGCAACGUCCGGUCUCAGCUUAAACACAGGCGUGCAGAAAACCGGCCGCCCAUUAAGUGGCGAGCUUUCAGCGUCAACCAGCAGAAGCGGCUCCGAAUGGGGAUCGGAAGUUGGCAGCAGCGAUCGCGAUCACAGCUUCAUCUGGAAUGGCGAACUCAGCAGCGUCAUUGGCCUGCAAAAACGUGGCCUGAGAGGGUUGAUGGAAGGACGAAGGAUGCGUGAGAGAACAGGCACUGGUGGUGCGGCGACAUUAGCCCCCGCCGGACCUUCUGCCUAUGGGUCGGCGACUCAAGCUGGUCAAAGUGGCCAACGCGUGGGAUUGGGGAUUGCCGGAUCGUAA